AUGAUUUGGAAUGAGACUGAUAUUUACUCUGAGAAUAUUCUCCUGUGUUAUCCUUUACAUCCAGACUCUUGUCCUAGAGCUCAUCGUCUCACUGUUGUUAAAGUGGCAAUGUACGCUGUAAUGUUAGUUAUGAUCUUCACAACAGUUUUUGGGAAUCUGCUGAUCAUCAUCUCCAUCUCUCACUUCAAACAGCUUCAGUCUCCAACUCAUCUGAUCGUUCGGUCUCUUGCUGCCAGUGACUGUCUGCUGGGUUCACUGGUGAUGCCCUACAGUAUGGUGCGAUCUGUCGAGGGCUGCUGGUUUUUGGGAGAUGUUAUUUGUAAAGUGCAUUCUAGUUUGGACAUGACCUUCUGUAUCUCCUCAAUACUGCAUCUUAGUUUAAUAUCUAUUGAUAGGUACUUGGCUAUUUGUGACCCUCUGAGGUACAGAAUGAAGGUCACAAACAGCACUGUGACUGUAUUUACCACUUUCACGUGGAUCUUUUCAUUUGCGUACAGUUUUAGCAUUGUGUUUGCAGGGGUGAAUGAUGUUGGUUUGGAAACACUCAUGCAACUUUAUUGUGUGGGAAGUUGUGCUCUGCUUUUUAACAAACAAUGGGGUCUUACUUGUCCAAUUCUCACAUUCUUUCUUCCCGGGACUAUCAUGAGCUGUCUGUAUAUGAAGAUUUUUCAUGUUGCAAGAAAACAUGCAAGAGUUAUGUCAGAAAGAGUGACUGUGGGGACUACAGGGGGACUGAAAAAUCAAAGCGCUGCUCAUAGAGAAGGAAAAGCAGCUAAAACUUUGGCCAUUGUCAUGGGAGUGUUUUUGCUCUGCUGGUUGCCUAUUUUUAUGGCUUCUAUUGUCGAUUCUGUUCUCAAUUUUGUGACCCCAGUUGAAGUUUUUGAUGCUUUGAUUUGGUUUGGCUAUUUUAAUUCAACAUGUAAUCCUUUGAUUUAUGGUUUCUUCUACUCUCACUUUCAGAAAGCCUUUAAGAUUCUUGUUUUCACUUAUAUCUGCAAAGUAAGUGAUUUAAGCAAUUUGGCAUUUGAAUGA